AUGGACGACCUCUCGAGAGCCGAGUACCCGGCCAUGCUGGGCCAUCUGCAGCCGCAGCAGGCGGUCACGACUUUCCAAGAGCGCGUAAAGCGGAUCAAUCGGAUCAACCAAGAAAUCGCUGAAUGGCUCCAGGAACGUCGCAAGGUCGAGGAGCAGUACGUGGCUGGGCUCAAGAGGCUGAUGACCCAUAGGGUCCCCAGCGCCACGACAGAUCUUGGCAUCUUCCAAACCCCGUGGGCAAAGGUCCUAGCUUCCGUCAAUGCUAUUGCGAUGUCGCACCACCUCUAUGCGCAGCGCCUCGAAUCCGACGUCGAGGCAUCGUUGCGCAACUUCCACAACAAGAAGGAGAUGCAGAACGCGAACAAUAUGGCCGGAAACCUGCAGGUGCUGGCCAAGGAGCUGGACGAGGCGCAAGCGAAGUCGGAUAAGCUCACCAAGAAGGCUGGAAAGGCCAGUGCUGCCAAGGUCGAUGCGGCAACUUCGCAGCUAGAGAGCGCAACGCAGCAAUGGGAAUCCCAGGCGCCGUUCAUCUACGAGACUCUUCAAGCGCUCGACGAGCAGCGCAUCAACCACCUGCGCGACCUCCUGACUCAGUUGGAGACCCACGAAGUCGACCAGGCAACCCGCACCCAAGCCGCAGCUGAAGAUGCUCUCAACACGAUGCUGGAGAUCAGCACCGCGACCGAGAUUCUCAGUUUCUCUACUCAAGUCACGAGUGGCCGACCCAAGAUCGAGAAGCGAAGCACCACGCGCCAAUCAAGUGUGGCAGGUGGUUCGACUCUGGCUCCUCCUAGCAUCAGGAGCCAUGACGACAAUGCAAGCGAACACUCGGCUCGGAACGAGCCUCCUGCACCGGAGAGCGGCAAACUUAGAAGCCGGAUUGGAACGAUGCUGGGUAGACGGAGACAGAGCGUCCAUGGUGGAUUCGGACCGCUGUCACCAUCAAAGGGCUCCGGGCCUUUCGGGCGAAGCCUCGGCAGCAGCCAUGGGAGAUCGAUCUCGCCCCGCGCCUCAUCUCAUAACCUCAGUGAAACCCAUGGCAGGCUUUCGUCGCUCGCAGAGACCCCCGACUCGCCAAAGGGCACAAGUGCUGAGGAGGGUACACCGAAGGAAUCCCAAGAGGGAACGAACGGGCAUGCGCUUGGAUCAUCAAAAGACACUCCCCAUCCUCGGACAGUUGUCAACGGAACAACCACUGCGGAGGAUAUCUUUGACGCGCCCCCGCCCGCCGGACCUCCACCGUCGCAUCAGAAGAUGGAGGGCUCGAGUGAACCUACCAAGGACGCCGAGGGCUUCACCGUGCCCGCCGCCUUCAAUGACCCCAUUUCUCAGGCCCAGAAAGAGGCGGCAGAGACAGGCGAGGAGCGGGAUCAGCUGUUCAGCCUCAAUAUCAAGAAUGAGCCCGUUGCUGAGGAAGAUGCUGAUGCCAAGAAGGCGGCUCUUUCCAAUGUGGCCAACACUCUUUCCAUGGCUAUGCCGUCGAGGAAGACGGGAACGGUCCGUGGCCGCCGCGACGUCCGCAACACCAUCUAUGUGCCUUCAGUCCCUACGCCGGAGACGUCAUCCGAGAGCCCAUUCCCCAUCCCUAGCCCGUCGCUGUCAUCCUCGAUCUCUAGGCCCCCUGCUGUUGCAGCUCUGCAGUCCGAGGCCAGCAUUGCGGGUACUUCCGACACACAGUCUGUGCGGUCCGCGACCUCGCUGGGAAGCCUUGUACACCUAAAGCACCCAGACCUGCACAACCCAGGCCUGAGCUCGUCCAUCAUCGAGACUGUGUCUGCCACAUUCAGCAGGGAGGGCUUGGUCAGCGCCAAGGUCUCAGGCGAGAUCGCCUUUGCAUAUAACGCCACUGAUGAUACCCCGUCCAAAGGUACGCCUAUCGCUCUGCUGAUCUAUCUUGUAAUGAUCUGCAAUAAUGCUGACUACACCACACCAGACCGUGAAACCAUCCGUAUAAACAACUUCCCCCGCCUCGAGGUUAUUGGCCCGAACCGCAUCUUUGUCCAGAACACCCCCGCGCCCGACGAGUUCGUCCUCGACGUGUCGCACCUGCAAAAGACGUCGAUCGGCUUCAACUACCGCGUCCACGCCGACUCGGACACGGCCCUGGGCCGGCACUGCCCCAUCGCCUUCUUCCCGACCUGGAAGCCCCAGGGCGACAAGCUGGGCCUGCUCCUGCAGUACCGCCUCGCCGACCCGUCCUCCUUCAGGCAGCCCGUGACGCUGCACAACGUCGCCUUCGUCGCGUUCUACGAGGGCGCGCGCGCGUCGGCCGUGCAGAGCAAGCCCUCGGGCACGCACCUGCGCGACAAGCAGCUCGUGUACUGGCGCAUGCCCGAGCUCACGCUGACCGAGGACUGGGCCAAGAUCGUGUGCCGCUUCGUGGCGCCCGUGGGCGAGCAGGCGCUGCCGGGCCGCGUCGAGGCCCGGUGGGAGUACGCCGUGCCCGCCGGCGAAGGUGCGGGCGUGGGUAUCUCGGUGAGCAGGCUUGUCGAGAGCAAGGGCAAGGGGAAGGCCUCUGCUGCCGACGACGACGACGACCCCUUCGCCGACGAGAGCGCGACGCCGCGGACGGCGGAGGGCGGUGCCGGGUCGUGGGUCGAGGUGCCGCUCGUCAAGAAGCUGGUCAGUGGGCGGUAUGAGGUGAAAUAG